CUCCAGCUACGUGACCGACGACCAACACUUUGAAUUUCGCGACUCUGUUGCAGCUGUUCCACCUCACCUCUCGACACCCGCGACAACGAACUCGCGGGUCCAGCAUCCCCCCCAGCGACUCAGAAGCAACGAUCCACCAGGAGCCAGUAGAAAACGGCUGCCGAAGCCGAAGCAAGAAAACCGGGCAAACAAGCGCCGAUCGACCGAUCCGCCAGAUGGUGCUAGGUGACGCAUCGCUCGGGGCGAUUCGCGUGGUGGUUAGCAUAGCCAAUUGGCAUAGUUCUCGGUUAGUGCGCGUUCUCCGGCAAAGCCCGCUGCAUAUAGUCGCUUCGUUCACUCUCCUUCGCCCCGGUCCUUUGCCGCUGCGUGCUACCGCGGUACGCGCGUCCGUUCCUCUGCAACGCCAGUUCAGUUAGCUCCAAGCUCUCGGUCCCUACGUUCUUACUCACGUCCAGAGGAAGUAGUCCUGAGAAUCGUAAAAAAUGAGUUCUAGCGCCUGUUACAAGUGUAACAGAAUGGGCCAUUUCGCCAGAGAAUGCCCCCAGGGUGGCGGCGGUGGUGGUGGCGGUGGAACUGGUAUGCGAGACCGUCGUGAAGGCUUCAGCAGAGGCCGCGAAAAGUGCUUCAAGUGCAAUCAGUAUGGACACUUUGCACGCGAAUGCAAGGAGGAUCAGGACCUCUGCUACCGUUGCAAUGGUGUUGGACACAUUGCUAAAGACUGCCAGCAGGGACCCGAGAUGAGCUGUUACAACUGUAACAAAACUGGACACAUGGCCCGCAGCUGUCCUGAGAGCAGUGACGGAGGACGCUACUCAACGCAGAACUGCUACACUUGUCACAAAAUAGGACACAUCGCACGUAACUGCCCCGAGGGUGGCGGCAAGACCUGUUACAUCUGCAACAAGCCUGGUCACAUUAGCCGUGAGUGCGAUCAAGACGACAGAAAGUAGAAAUCCGCUGGAAUCCGUGCCGCUAGCUUAAACGAAACGACAACCACCGUUUACCGCCUCUUGCGCGCGCGCCAAUUACCAGGGGAAUUUUGUAGCUAGGUAGGGAUGAUGAUACCUAAAGACUUGAAUAAGCCUAACAAGCGGGGCAUCGAGCCCCUUCGCGUUCAGGUGAAUCGUCGAUACUUAACAUCCGCCUAUCUUUUUCUCUCCUACGCCCCCAAAGCUCCUGGUGACAUUACUUAUUAUUUUUACUAUUAUUAUUACUUCCCUAAUUUCUUAUUAUAUCUUCAAUUCGCCCUCGUUUCCCUUCGGUUGUGCCUCAAUCAAUUCACCCAACAUCAAAAAAAUAUCCAAUUUUCGACCCAUUUUCUUGUCAUUCCUAUUUUCUGUACUCUUAUUCCAUCUAUAAGGACUUCAUAUCACUUUUAAGGAGUGCAAGUGUUUUACUUACAGCUAAAAUUGUUCUUGAUUUAAAAAUUUUUUUUUCAAUUUUAUACAUAUAAUCAGGUAUUAUUGUCUCAUGUGUACGCGUGCUUAUUACAUUUAUACUUUGGAAAGGCAAUAAGCAGAUGCCGGACUUCUUUUAAUAGUAGUGUUGCAGUCAAAAGCUCUAGAAUUUAUUCUGCUGGUUGUCGUUGCUGAAAUCUCAGUUGCAUAGUAGAAAUGCUAACCGCAAGAAAAAUUAUAUUCACAUUUUUAAUCUGAUGUUGAUAGAAAGGUCAGCCGAUCAAUCAAUUAGAGUUAACAAAUUGUAAAAAUUUCUGUCUGAAAAUAAUUUUUCUCGUGGAUAACCGAUUUCUCUUAAAUGAUCAAACGAAUUGUGGGUAUUUAAUUCUUUGGUAAAUAAAAAUUACCAUGUACUAACAGUAAAGAAGUGUAACGAUGUAAUCGUACUGUAAUGUACGGUUUCAAAAAAUGAAUGUAGCGCAUAGAAUGGGAAGCCCUUCUUACCCACCUCCCCUCUAUUCCUUCCCGCCGUGUCACUCUUCACGGGCUCCUCAUACUACGAUGAAUUUUUUUAUUUUCUCAUGAUGUUUUACGAUGCAAGGUGUUUGUAAAGCGAAGCUAAGAAGAAACGAGUUGUAAUGAUAAAUUUGACAACGAAAGAGUGAAUAAAAGGUGUCGAGUUAUAGUUGGUUUUUUUUUUUCAAGUUAUAACUUGAUAAAUAAGUUGCUGGUCGGUAAUGAAGCUCGUUUUAUUUUUGUUUUUAUUUUAGUACAAAUAUUAUAAAUAUCAGUAAAUAAACAAAUAAAGAAACAUCACGUAAAAUAAAUGUGAUAGCAAAUCACGAGUGUAACUUUUUUAUGAUUAUAUCUACACAUCUUGUAUCUAACUGACGAUACUCUCUUCGUUCUAAUAAGAGAGUAAUCGUACGCUUCAUUUUCCUAUUGCUCCUCUAUGUAAGGCUCAGUAUAGUUAAAGCUGACGAAAUUCAGAAGUAUAAUGGUAAAAAAUAAAAAAAUAAAAAAAAUACGCACGUGUGUAUUGGUCUUAGGAUAUAAAUAUAUAUAAAUACGUGCUACGUAAAACGUUAAAAGAAAGAAGAUAAAGUCUGCGGCUAAACUAUUAUUGUAAGAAUGUAAUGAGAUUUGUAAUAAGAGUGGAGGACUGACUUGGAGGUCUGAUAAAACGGUUGCUGCGAGCGCGCAAACAGUUUAUAUUAGUUUUGUGUAAUUACCUUGAAUGUAUAUUAAAGCCAUGUGGUCAUUAGGUUGACUGUUUCUAAUGUUGGGUCCAAUCAUAAAUGGAAGGUGUAUUUUUUUCUCAUUAAAAAUAGCAUUUUUCAACAUAAAAGCCUUUUUCGUUUUUCCUUUGUUACUUUUCUUUUUCAUUAACUUUUGUAAAUUUUAUCGUGAUAACGUUUAUGGUGUGUAAAUACUUGAGUAUUUAUCACAUUCUGUGUAUCGUCAUGAUCAAACAUCAUUGUGGCCGUGUUGUUCAUGCCAUUGAUUUAUUGAGGGUAGAUGUUGAAAAGUAUUUAAACAUCAUUAUAAAAUGUAUCAAUAAGUUCUCAUAGGUUCUCAUUACAUUUUUACACUUCAUAAUUAAUAAUUUAUGCAACAUUUAAAUACACGUGAGCGUGCAAUUGUAAAAAGUUAGAUAUACUGUGGUCGUUGCUGGUGAUGGAUGCCGAUUUUGCGUAAAUACGUUUUUUAUGAUAUGUAUAAAAAUGUACAGAAACUUACAGAUCCACAAGACAGAAAAUGACUAUAGAUUCCCGUACACUUUAGUAUAUUUAAGGAUAAUCAAUUUCGUACAAUAAUUUACUCAUUUUUCUAUACAAAUUGUCACUGGCUAUUUAGUUUUUGUACAACGUCAAGUGUUGCACAAUAAAUUAAAUAUGUAGAUAGCAGAAUUUAUACAGAACAGAACUGAGGCGCACAUAUAUAUUUAUAUAUGUGAUUUUAUGGUCGGAAAGUAAUUUGAACGCUGUGUAAGAAAGACAUUGAAGAAGCUUAAGGACAGGGUCAUACAACUUUUCUUGUUUGGCUCAAAUAACUAAGUAGGAAUUGAUCUUAUAGUUUGUAUGAAUCUGAAAUAGUUGAAAAAAAAAAAAAAAAAAAAAAAUAGUU